AUCCCUUUUGUAUCCCCAAAACACAACAACCACUUCCACGCCUCAUUCUCUCUCUCUUUCUCUCUCUUCUUUCUCUCUCAUCAUCUCUCUCACAACCAAACCCUACCCAACCCAACUCCAACACAAACACCUUCCACCGGAUCUCUACGCCGAUCAUUCUUUCCUAUUACACAGGUUGUUUAGUUGAUAGACGUUUGAUUGAUGGACGAUGAUAGUAGAGAUGGAUAAAAUGUCUGCUCCUUCAACGUGGGAGCGUGCCAAACGCCUUUAUGACAAGAACCUUGAAUUGGAGAAAAGGCGCCGUAGAUCAGCUCAGACGCAGGUCCCUUCAGACCCAAAUAUCUGGCCACAGUUGCGUGAGAAUUAUGAAGCAAUAAUUCUCGAGGAUCAUGCUUUUUCUGAGAAGCACGGUAUUGAGUAUGCUCUUUGGCUGUUGCAUUAUAAACGAAUUGAAGAAUUAAGGGCACAUUACAGUGCUGCUCUUACUUCUGCAAGCUCAAAAUCAUAUCAGGGUGGGAAAGGUUCUGGGCGACCUGAGCGGAUAACUAAAAUAAGGCUGCAGUUGAAGACUUUCCUUUCAGAAGCAACUGGAUUUUAUCACGAUCUUAUCAUGAAAAUCAAAGCAAAGUAUGGGCUUCCUCUUGGUUACUUUGAAGACUCAGAGAACCGGAUUGUGAUGGAGAAAGAUGGAAAGAAAUCUGCUGAGAUGAAGAAAAGUUUGAUAUCUUGUCAUCGAUGUUUGAUAUACUUAGGUGAUCUUGCUCGCUACAAAGGAUUGUAUGGUGAAGGUGACUCAACAAAGCGUGAGUUCGCAGCAGCUUCUAGUUACUAUCUACAGGCUGCGACUAUUUGGCCUUCAAGUGGAAAUCCCCAUCAUCAGCUUGCUUUGUUGGCUUCAUAUACUGGGGAUGAGCUGGCAACUAUCUAUCGUUAUUUUCGGAGUCUUGCUGUGGAUAGUCCAUUUACAACUGCUAGAGACAAUUUAAUAGUUGCAUUUGAGAAGAAUCGUCAAAGUUACUCUCAGCUUUCCGGUGAUGUUAAAGCUGUGGCAGUCAAGGAAUCUUCUGGGCAAAUAGCUGGCAGAGGAAGAGGAAAAGUGGAAGCAAAACUUGUGACAAGGAGUAAUGGUGUGGAAGCUUGCCCUAGAAAGGAAGGAGCAUCCAAUAUACAAGAGACUUACAAAUCCUUCAGCACUCGUUUUGUCCGUCUAAAUGGAAUCUUAUUCACUCGUACAAGCCUUGAGACCUUCACUGAAGUUCUCUCUCUUAUUAGCACUGGCCUGCGCGAGCUUCUAUCAUCAGGUCAAGAUGAAAAGCUAAAUUUUGGCCAGGAUACCCUUGAGAAUGGUCUUGCCAUUAUCAGAAUUAUUUCCAUUAUCGUUUUCACAGUUCAUAAUGCAAAUAAGGAAUCUGAAGGACAAACUUAUGCAGAAAUUGUACAGCGUGCAGUUCUACUUCAGAAUGCUUUAACUGCAGCUUUCGAACUGAUGAGUAUUAUAAUAGAGAGAUGUGUGCAGUUGCAGGAUCCUUCUUGUAGUUAUCUUUUACCAGGCAUUUUGGUUUUUGUUGAGUGGUUGGCAUGUUGUCGUGAUCUUGCCUCAGGCAAUGAUGCGGAUGAGAAUCAAGCAACUGUAAGAUCAAAAUUUUGGAAUAAUUGUAUUUCCUUCUUGAACAAGCUACUAUCAGUUGGGCCUGUGUCUAUUGAAGAUGAUGAAGAGGAUACUUGCUUUAAUAACAUGAGUAGGUAUGAAGAAGGAGAAACUGAUAACCGGCUUGCUUUGUGGGAGGACUUUGAGUUAAGAGGAUUUGUUCCACUUCUCCCUGCACAAACUAUCUUGGAUUUUUCCAGGAAGCAUUCCCUUGGGAGUGAUGGUGAAAAAGAAAGAAAAGCCCGGGUCAAAAGGAUAUUAGCUGCAGGAAAGGCUUUAGCAAACGUUGUUAGGAUUGAUCAGAAAAUGAUAUAUUUUGACGCAAAAGGAAAGAAGUUUACAAUUGGUGUUGAGCCUCGUAUCUCAGAUGAUUUUGUUCUUCCCUCUGGCAUACCUAUUGUAGAAGAUUCAUUGAAAGAAAAUGCAGCAGACAAGCCAAAGUUAGGGAUUGUUCAUCCAGACAACCACCAGUAUGAGGAAGGAGAGGAUGACGACGAAGUUAUUGUUUUUAAACCUAUAGUAGCUGAGAAGCGAGCUGAUGUAGUGGUUGUCUCAUCAGGGGCAGUCCACAAAGACAUAGAGUCAGUCCCAACAGUUUCUGGAGGGGAUAUAAAAUUUGACGUUAAUUCUGGUUAUAACCCUCCCAGUGAAGUGAACCAUCAAAUGUUAUUACCUACUUCUGUUAGUUGUAUGGUGCCUCAACACUUCCAUCCAGUUCAGCAACAUUCUUCAAGGUGGCAAGAGGAGGGAAUGUCUCUUGCCAACAGUUUUGGAGGUCUUGGAUUCAUGGAGAAUGGGCAUGUGGUGAAACCUGAGCUUCCAAUGCAUGAAGCUAUAUCAAUCUUCAACCCCGCCUCACUUGCAGUUCCUAUCCAACAAUCUGGUACUAGUACUAAUUUAUUUUAUGGUCUCUCCAAAGCUGAAAACUUGAUGAUACCAUCCAAAGUCGAUACUUUUGCUUCUUCUGGAGUCAUUACUGAUAACUCUUCUGUUAAGACAUCAUCAGUUCUGCAAGCUGGUUUGAAAAAAUCUCCAGUCAGCCGUCCUUCUAGGCACCAUGGACCACCUCCCGGUUUCAGUCAUGUUUCUCCUAAACUAGAUAUGGAAUCCACCAUUUCAGAUUCAAUUAGUGGGAUUCCAGUGAUGGAUGACUACAGUUGGUUGGAUGGGUAUCAGCUGCCUUCAUCAACCAAAGGUUUAGGCCCCAAUGGUCCUAUUACUUACACUCAAUCAAAUUCCCAGCAAGUAAAUAACAAUAAUUUGAGUGGGACAGCGUACUUUCCCUUUCCUGGAAAACAAGUUCCAUCAGCAUUGCAAGGGGACAAACAGAAUGGUUGGCUAGAUUACCGUACUUCUGAGCUUUUAAAUGCACACCAUCAUCAGCAACUGCAGCCACAACAACUAUUCGCAAAUGGAAAUCAGCAACUGCAGCCACAGCAACCACUCACAAAUGGAAAUCAGCAACUGAUGCCUGAGCAAUUUCAAGGACAGUCAAUCUGGACAGGUCGUAAAUUCGUGUGAUGUCCGUUUAAGCAUGUUGAUGGUUCUUGAAGGAUUCUUACAAAUGUGCCGCCUCCCUUCUGUUCCCAUUCAAACUCCAACUCAGCUCGUUGUCAGUGAAUGUUGCUGGAGUGUACUUGGCCUAGACUUGUUGCAGGAACUUGCUACUCCAAAAGUUUUUACUGAGCUCUAAAGACCAAAGGAAGGAAGAUAAGCAAACAUGUUUACAGUUCAAAGUUCGUUAAGUAAAUGCCUUUUCUGGUUGGGGGUGAAUAGUAGAAGGUGAUAAAUAAAAGAUUAUCCAGUUUUCUUGGAGCUUGUAUCUUCUGGGUUUGGUGAUAUGCCUAUGGUAUGUUCACUUGUCGGAAAUGUCGUAAUGGUGCACCUAUAAUGUAAGAUAUUGUACCAUCAUCUAGCUGCCGAUGAUACAUAGUGCUAGCCCUUUUCUUCCCCAAAGCUUCAGACUAGUUGGGGGAGGUUGAUAGGUUUGAAGUGGUUGUGUGAAGUUCGAUAAUGGGAUAUGCUCGAUUAAGCACAUGUGUUUAUGGGCUGCAACUUCGUUAAGGUUCUUAUACUUUGUUUGCAUGACAAGGGAUGUCGUUUCUCUUUAUCUUUUUUUUUUCUCUUUUUCAAGUCGAAGUUUUACUUGAACUUUACAAAUUAAUAAUUCCUGUUGGAUGGUUUGAUCGUAUAUAUGUUUUUGUCCAUGCGAAUUUGAUGUUAUCUAUUAUAAGACUCAUUUACCUCCCAUCCUUAUCUAUGAUUUGGGAACUGUUUCAUUUAUA